GCCCACUCCUGGCAGCCACAGGGUUGAGACAGAAGUAGUGGCUCCUGCAGGACGGUGUGCAAUGCUUUCAACACAACUGUCUUAACUUGUUCGUUUAUUCGGACAUUUUUUGUAAACAUGACCAGCAACAAAAACCCGGACGUGCAUGAAACGGACACGAAGCGGGUCCAGAGCUCCGGCGCCACAGCGGCAUACUGCGCGGAGUUGCAGCGGUGGAUGUGGCAGUGUUACUGGGGGAAUGUCAGCUGGCAAAGCUGGGUGUCUCUGUCGACUUCCCCCUGCUUUCCUCCGCCGCGCACCGGCGCUCAAACACCGGCUGCGCCCGCCUCAAGCCCCGGAAGUGGGCAGCAGAUGAUGUUCGACCCGCGGAGCUGGUACGGUUACUCCGCUUUUGGACCCCCAGCAUCCUCUCCUCCUCACCGGGGUGGAGCUCAGACUGAUGGCCGGUCAGCUCACCAGCAGAACGGGAACCCUCAUCAGGCAGGGCGAGAGUACAUGAUUCCCUCUCCCCUCCAGAGGUUCCUUGCAGAGACCGUGGACUUCUUCAUCCUGUUUUGUGUGAAAGCCACUGUUGUGUUAUGGAUCAUGCAUCUGAGUGGUAUGAAGGACAUUCCCAAGUUUAUCACCCACUUUAUCGUUGAGGAGGUGGAUGAGAACACGUCCAUCGACGACCUUCAGAAAAUGAUGGCCGUGGCGCUGGUCUACAGGGUCCUGGUGUGCGUCUAUGAGACGRUCUGCAUUUGGGGCGCCGGCGGAGCGACUCCGGGCAAGUUUCUGCUCGGUCUGAGAGUGGUGACGUGCGACUCGUCCACGCUGGUGCGACCCGACCGGGUUCUUGUGGUCCCCGCAGCUGACGUGUCCCUCUCAGCCUCCACGGUGCGGGCGAUGAACAAGAACUUCUCCAUCGCCUUCCUCUUCCCCGUCUUCAUCACCCUCCUCUUCUUUCAGCACAACAGAACCGUGUACGACGUGGUGGCGGGGACCAUCGUUGUGCAGCGCCGAGGGGCCAGAUAAGCUCCUGACUGACUCCCAGACCUGUGUGGGUCCAUGUCUUUAUUUGUUUCAAACCAGAUUUAUUUCCUCUGAUCCUAACUGCACUUAUUAAAAGCUGGAUGGGUUUUAAAGAUUUCUACAGAUUUUACACAGGACUUAUAUAUAUUUUCAUACCAAAGUCAAGAAAUCUGUUAAAAAAGCUAAACAAACAGUAAUUUCCUGCUCAUAAUUGAGUUUUUUUUACUUGUUUGACUUAGUUAACAUUUGAUCUAAUGGUUUUAUUAAAAAAAACAUUUCUACUCCAAGAGGAAAUGUUCAGUUGUCUGUUAGCCUGUGGGCCAUUUCAAGUAUUUUAAUACAAAACAAGGUUUAUUAGUUGCAAACAUUCAAGAUCUGUAAAUUUUGUAUUUAUUUUUAGUCAAUUGUGUGACUCAGGUCAACUUGUUACCAAUUUUGUUUAUUUCAGACGUAAAAAUAAAUAUUCUGCACAAUGUAA